CGAGCAGCCAUUGUAAUUGACAACCUCAAACACCGCAGGCAAUUAUGCUGCGACUGUCGACUCGGGCUCUGGCGGCGCACGGGCAGAGAAGCGUGGCGCUGGCUGCGAGACGCACACGAGCGGAUGUGCUGCGACCUUUCGCUCUCUUCUCCACGGACAGUGGAGCGCCAACCAACGAGGACGAGCACAAGCAAGUGGAUCUACCCAGUCACAUCAAGUUCCGUAUGCCCGACCUGGACUUCAAGGAGGUGGGCAGUGGUGCCGGGGACACGACACUGACCAAGUGGUACGUGCAGGAGGGGACGGCCGUGACGGAUGGCACGCACAUGUGCGAGAUUGACACGCCAGACCUAUGCUUCCAGCUCGAGUCUGGAGAUGAGGGAUUCAUCGCGCGACUGCUGGUGAACGAGGGCUCCAGCAACAUUGCUCCAGGCCAGCCGCUGGCUAUUAUUGUGCCCGCUGAGGAGGAUAUUGCGCCGUUCGUGAAGGUGCUGAAGGAAAACCCUCGCUGCAUCGAAGGUUACGCUGAGCCGACGAGUGCAACUGAAGUGGCCGAACCUGAAGCUGCAGCAACACCCUCUGCUGCUCCUCCCACCGAAAGCGCUGCGUCGAGCGAUGUCUUGCGCAUGCUGAACAAGCUUCACAAGGAGGGCCACUUUGAAGACGAGAAGGCGCUCAAGAUGCUCAAGUCGCUAGCCCGCAAGAACGAUGAGCAGCUGCUCACGACGUACAAGGCCAGUUAUGAGGAUGGGGUGCUGGAGGAAGCGGCAUUUGACAAAGCCUUUUUUGUGGAGAAUGCACUGGAACUUGCUGAAGAAGCAGCAGCGUCUACUGACCCCAACGCGAACUAGACUGACGACGAACUUUUGGUGUUUUACAAGAACAAUUAGGGCUGAACAAAUGGUAUUUUGUGGCGCUCAACCGACGCAUGUGGAUGUUUAUAUUUUUUUUUUGCCAAACGUAACACUCAAGCUUCACUUCUCACGACAAGCAUGCUUGGUUGCCACCUGAGGACCGCCCCGCUCCAGCAAAGCCGUUGUCGUCGACAUAGACUGUUAGGUAGUUGCAUGGUGACUUGAAGCAACCAUAGUCACCGUCGCAACUGUAUUCUAGAGCCCCAAAUAUUUCCUUUGCCUAUUCUGCGGUGAUAGCAAACUUGAGUGUUUGCGAGAUAGCAGUCGAUUGGAGUGCUGUUGGUCCAUCACUAUUCGCUCGAGGUAGCGC